AUGCCAAGGAAAUCAAAAGCCAAGAAAUGCGCUUCUGAGGCGCAGGAUCAAUCAUCAUCUGACCAAGGCAGCAAUGCAGAGGAGCAACCACCAACGUGGGCUUGCAUGCCAUAUUUGUUCUCACCCCCCAACAGAACCCAGUGCAGGACACAGGGAGGCGGGGAAUCGUCGACUCCCUAUAUGACUUUUCAGCCAGCUCCACGAGAAAAGAAGGAAACUAAGACAGUCACCGUGGUUUGGAAGUUGUCUACAGCAAUUGACGAAAAAAUCUUGUGUUCUGUGAAAGAAAGUGACUCUACUGACUCUACUGACUCUACAUCAUCUGAACAGUUUCUUUACAACUUUAUUGUGUCCGCGCCAGACUGCUACUUUACUGAAUUACUAUCUCUGGGUGGGGGAUCCAGUAGGUCUAAGGUCUUCAUCGACUUGAGCUUAGGCUGCAGCCAGUGUAUCAGAAUCGCUAAUACGAACGAAGACAUCCACACAGAGGAUGCCAAACACUUCAUCUACAGGAUCGGAUUGGAAUCUAAACUUGGAAUGAUGCAGCCAUCAGAUUCUCUGUAUGAUCUUAUUCCAAGUCGACAUGAGGAAGUCGCAAUUGUGAAGAUUGAUGCUGGUACACCCUGGGGAAUUGUUGGGACCAAAGGACAUGACACCAUUCAGACACGUCUGAUUCAUCCCACAUCAAAGACUACGGAGAAGGCUACAAAGAAAGCUAUCGAAAAGUCACCGACUAAAGCAACGAGGACGACUGCAGCGGCAUCUACGAAGAAAGCUGUAGCCAAGAAGGCAUCAUCGCCAAAGGCGAACCUUAAUCCCCCGCCGGGGAGCAAAAAUAAGGAAGCAAAAGAUAGCAAGAAAGCCUCUGGGGAACAGGCCGAAAAGGUACCCACAGUGAAGAAGACAACGCCAACCAACGGGUGUGAAAUGGGCAAAGAAAAGGAAGCUGGACUGAAGGAUGGUGAAAAGACCAAGACAUUGUCGGAAAAGACAAGUGCAAAUGGGAAAAAGAGGAAGGCUGCUGACACCGAGGCUUUUGAAGGCGAAACUGUCAAGAGAAACAAGAGGGCCAAAAAGGACCCAAACGCCCCCAAGCGACCCAUUAGUGCCUUCUUUUACUUUUCCAAGGAGAUGCGUCCCAAAGUUGCUGCCGAGAACCCGGAGGCUAAGAGUACCGAAAUCACCAAGAUGCUGGGGGCGAUGUGGAGGGAACUCGAUGGCGACGACAAGAAGAAAUACGAUAAAAAGGCAAAAGCCGACCACGAUCGCUAUGCUUCAGCGAAGGAAACUUAUGAUGCCAAGGUCGCCAAGGAAGCAGAAGAGGGGAACGCAGACUCUGAUGAUGACGCGGAGCCAAUGGAAACCAAUGAAACUGAUGAUGAAGAGGUCGAGGAUUCCUCUGUUGGUGGGAGCACAAAGAAGGGCGCUGGCACCGAGGUGAUUGUAAAGAAGAAGGCUAAAAGGGCCAAGAAGGAUCCAAACGCUCCCAAGCGACCCAUUAGUGCCUUCUUUUACUUUUCCAAGGAGAUGCGUCCCAAAGUUGCUGCCGAGAACCCGGAGGCUAAGAGUACCGAAAUCACCAAGAUGCUGGGGGCUAUGUGGAGGGAACUCGAUGGCGACGGCAAGAAGAAGUACGAUAGAAAAGCAAAAGCCGACCACGAUCGCUAUGCUUCAGCGAAGGAAACUUAUGAUGCCAAGGUCGCCAAGGAAGCAGAAGAGGGGAACGCAGACUCUGAUGAUGACGCGGAGCCAAUGGAAACCAAUGAAACUGAUGAUGAAGAGGUCGAGGAUUCCUCUGUUGGUGGGAGCACAAAGAAGGGCGCUGGCACCGAGGUGAUUGUAAAGAAGAAGGCUAAAAGGGCCAAGAAGGAUCCAAACGCUCCCAAGCGACCCAUUAGUGCCUUCUUUUACUUUUCCAAGGAGAUGCGUCCCAAAGUUGCUGCCGAGAACCCGGAGGCUAAGAGUACCGAAAUCACCAAGAUGCUGGGGGCUAUGUGGAGGGAACUCGAUGGCGACGGCAAGAAGAAGUACGAUAGAAAAGCAAAAGCUGACCACGAUCGCUAUGCUUCAGCGAAGGAAACUUAUGAUGCCAAGGUCGCCAAGGAAGCAGAAGAGGGGAACGCAGACUCUGAUGAUGACGCGGAGCCAAUGGAAACCAAUGAAACUGAUGAUGAAGAGGUCGAGGAUUCCUCUGUUGGUGGGAGCACAAAGAAGGGCGCUGGCACCGAGGUGAUUGUAAAGAAGAAGGCUAAAAGGGCCAAGAAGGAUCCAAACGCUCCCAAGCGACCCAUUAGUGCCUUCUUUUACUUUUCCAAGGAGAUGCGUCCCAAAGUUGCUGCCGAGAACCCGGAGGCUAAGAGUACCGAAAUCACCAAGAUGCUGGGGGCUAUGUGGAGGGAACUCGAUGGCGACGGCAAGAAGAAGUACGAUAGAAAAGCAAAAGCCGACCACGAUCGCUAUGCUUCAGCGAAGGAAACUUAUGAUGCCAAGGUCGCCAAGGAAGCAGAAGAGGGGAACGCAGACUCUGAUGAUGACGCGGAGCCAAUGGAAACCAAUGAAACUGAUGAUGAAGAGGUCGAGGAUUCCUCUGUUGGUGGGAGCACAAAGAAGGGCGCUGGCACCGAGGUGAUUGUAAAGAAGAAGGCUAAAAGGGCCAAGAAGGAUCCAAACGCUCCCAAGCGACCCAUUAGUGCCUUCUUUUACUUUUCCAAGGAGAUGCGUCCCAAAGUUGCUGCCGAGAACCCGGAGGCUAAGAGUACCGAAAUCACCAAGAUGCUGGGGGCUAUGUGGAGGGAACUCGAUGGCGACGGCAAGAAGAAGUACGAUAGAAAAGCAAAAGCCGACCACGAUCGCUAUGCUUCAGCGAAGGAAACUUAUGAUGCCAAGGUCGCCAAGGAAGCAGAAGAGGGGAACGCAGACUCUGAUGAUGACGCGGAGCCAAUGGAAACCAAUGAAACUGAUGAUGAAGAGGUCGAGGAUUCCUCUGUUGGUGGGAGCACAAAGAAGGGCGCUGGCACCGAGGUGAUUGUAAAGAAGAAGGCUAAAAGGGCCAAGAAGGAUCCAAACGCUCCCAAGCGACCCAUUAGUGCCUUCUUUUACUUUUCCAAGGAGAUGCGUCCCAAAGUUGCUGCCGAGAACCCGGAGGCUAAGAGUACCGAAAUCACCAAGAUGCUGGGGGCUAUGUGGAGGGAACUCGAUGGCGACGGCAAGAAGAAGUACGAUAGAAAAGCAAAAGCUGACCACGAUCGCUAUGCUUCAGCGAAGGAAGCUUAUGAUGCCAAUGUCACGAAGUCAAGCAGCAAGGUUCGAGUAAAAAAAAACGCAGCAACGAAGCGGGCAAGCGAGUAUAAGCCUGAACAAGACCUUGUGGACAGCAUGGAUUUUGAUGCUGAGCCUGUGGAUACUAAGAAGACUGACGACGGUGAAACUCCAAGUUCAUCAAAGAAAGGCAAAAAGGGAUCCAAGAAGAAGGUGAAAAAGCGCAGAAGGUCUAAGACAACUGAUACGUCAAACAACGAGGAAUAA